GUGAGUGUUGGGCAGCAGCCUCAGGCUGGGGUGCUGGCGCAGGAAAGCCCGCAAAUCAGCGGGAAGUUCGUCCAUGAUCUGAGUUGCCCAUCUAAGGCCGCUGCUACCACGUGGGGAAGAGCGCCGAUCCGGAAGCAGAUUUCUCGGUCCCGGAAGUGUCAAAGAUGGCCGCUGCGAUGGCUUUCUCUGUGCUGCGGCAGCGGAUGACGCGGUGGCCCCAAUGGUCCUGCGCGGGGCUGGCCCCGCCCCGCGUUGCCAGAAGGAGCGUCCUCGGGCUUGCUUUCCGCUCAGGGAUUGCUUGGAGGCCAAACAGGUGUAGCAGUUCUACUGCUGAAGCAGCCACCGCUAAAGCAGAGGACGACUCUUUUCUCCAAUGGUUCCUGCUUCUUAUCCCUGCUACUGCUUUUGGCCUGGGGACCUGGCAGGUCCAGCGUCGGAAAUGGAAGCUCAAACUAAUUGCAGAAUUAGAGUCUCGAGUCAUGGCUGAGCCCAUCCCUCUGCCUGCGGACCCAAUAGAAUUGAAAAAUCUGGAGUACAGGCCAGUGAAGGUCAGGGGGCACUUUGAUCACUCCAAAGAGCUGUACAUGAUGCCUCGGACCAUGGUGGACCCUGCCCGAGAGGCCCGUGAUGCUGGCCGAAUCUCCUCCUCAACAGAAAAUGGGGCCUAUGUAGUUACUCCUUUCCACUGCUCUGACUUAGGAGUCACCAUCCUGGUUAACAGAGGGUUUGUCCCCAAGAAGAAAGUGAAUCCUGAGACCAGACAAAAAGGCCAGGUUCUUGGAGAAGUAGACCUAGUUGGCAUAGUGAGGCUGACAGAAACCAGGAAGCCCUUUGUCCCUGAGAACAAUCCACAACAGAAUCACUGGCAUUAUCGGGACCUGGAGGCUAUGGCCAAGAAAACAGGCGCAGACCCCAUUUUCAUUGAUGCAGAUUUCCGUAUGUUGUGGCACCUGCCCUGGGAGAGCAAGCACUGUUGGCUAUUAACUGUCCCACCUCCCCUUCUUUCCCUGGCAGGUUUUCAUCCUGCAGAGAGUACAACCCCUGGAGGACCCAUUGGAGGGCAAACAAGAGUCACUCUUCGGAAUGAGCAUAUGCAGUACAUCAUCACCUGGUAUGGACUGUGUGCAGCAACAUCAUACUUGUGGUUUCAAAAAUUUGUGAGGCGGACACCAGGUGUAUGAAGUUAACGAACCUGUUCCUAACCAAGAGAUCUACACAUAAAUAAAGAUUGUUAUUUUUAAAACCCUG